ACAAGACCAAAAAAGAACAAUUUGGACCGUAGCACCGUCUCCGUAUCACCUGAAGCCCAUGUGGAAGAGAUUUCCAACAACUCACUUUCUUCAGGUCCUGAGGGUGUUUAAUGGCUGCCCCCUCCCAAGGUCGUUGGAGUCCUUGCAAUCAUAGAUCCAUCAUCAACGGAAACCGUCUCAUCAUGGAAACCCCCUACCUGCAGACUGCGCUCCUUGCCCCCCCCUGUAGAGGGUGUGAUUGCUGAGGGAGGGGUAGUGAUACUGAGACAAGGUUGUCUGUGAAGAUAAAAAUCAUCCAAAACAUGUAGUGUACCUCUCUCCAAGGAGGGGGGAGGGUCUAUAUUUGAGUCUGAUUUAUUUUUGAUUUAUUUCUGUUUAUGUAAUCUUUAGAACAGAUUUGUGUUUGCUUGUUUAAGUAGUGUAUGUGGGUGUAGCGUGAGGUGAGGAGAAAGUGACAGAGAAGAAGAAAGAUAGCAAAAGAAAAGAGAUGGUCCUCCACACCACCCCUUACUCCAGUGCCUGUCUGCACUUCUUGGAUGGCUUGUCGUGGAGCCUGGUGUUUCCCUGCUACUGGCUCCUGGACCGGCUCCUGGCCUCCUGCGUGGCCACCUCAUUGGAAAAGCACCAACGCUCCCAGGACCCCUGCUCCUUCCUUACCUUGUGUGUCCUGAUCUCCGCACCCCUUUACCUGCUCCUCCUCCUUGCCUCCUUGCCCUUUGCACUGCUGGGCUUCAUCAUCUGGGCUCCCCUGCAGGUGGUCCGCCAGCCCUACUUGUACACCUAUUGCAGACCAGACAAACACCAGGCUGAGCAGGGCCAGGCUGGACCAGGGGCUUUUGGCGUUGGGGAAUGGAGGCCACAGGGCAGAAGUUUCUGCUUCUGCAGUGCCAACGUAUGUCUGCUGCCAGACUCCCUGGCCAGGUUCAACAACCUGUCAGACACACACAGGAGAGCCAGGGAGGUGGGGAAGAGGAUCCGCAAUGGCGCAAGUCGGCCUCAGAUUAAAAUCUACAUUGACUCACCUACCAACACUUCCAUAAGUGCGGCAUCCUUCAGCAGCCUUGCCACAGGUUUCCGUCGUACCUCCUCUCUGGACCAGCGUCCAGACCUAACACACACCACCAACGGCCCAGCUGACACUGAAACUGAACCCCUCACCGAGUGCCCAAUUCACCCCUCAGGUGCCACCGACUGCCCUGUUCACCCCUCUGCAGGAGACCAGGGCUCCUCUGACUGCCCCCUCCACCCAAAUGGAGCAGACGCAACAGCAGACUGCCCCCUUCACCCUGCAGGGACUAACAGCAGCUCAGACUGUCCUGUUCACAGCUCAGGAGAGGCUCCAGACUGCCCCAUGCAUUCCACGGGGGCUCAGAGUGGCCAAGGCUAUUAUGACUGUCCCAUGCAUGGAGAAGGGACCCAGACAAAAACAUCCCCAGACUGUCCACUUCACACCUCAGGGGUUCAAAUCAGCAUCAGCGCCCCAGAGCCAGACCCACAGGAAGAGGAGGCCGAAACAGGGAACCAUCGGCCUGGGGAGCUGGCAGGGGGAGACACAGGAAGCAUGACUGCCUCCAGGGAAUCCCUCACUCGUUACCAUGGUGGUGACGGUGGUGUAGGGAUAUCCUCCAAUAACACUCUCUCUCACGUCCCUCGAACAUCAGUCUUUAAACGGCCUGGACGAAAACGCCGCCAUGGAGAUGAAACAUUUGACCACGAGAUCUCUGCCUUUUUCCCUGCCAACUUGGAUUUCCUGGCUCUGCAAGAAGUUUUUGACCACGGAUCGACGACUAGACUGCGGCGACAGUUGCAUCGCUACUUCCCCUAUGUGUUAAGUGAUGUUGGCCAGUAUGGCUGGAAAGGCUGCUGCUCAAGGUUUAAAUUCCUGAACAGUGGGCUACUGCUGGCCAGCCGCUACCCUAUCCUGGAUGCACGGUUCGAGAGCUACCCCAACGGGAAGGGGGAGGACGCACUGGCAGCUAAGGGGGCACUGUUUGCCAAGGUUCACGUGGGCACCUCCCAUCAGGAACAAAGGGUUGUCGGAUAUAUCACGUGUACCCACCUCCACGCCAUAGAAGGUGAUGCAUCUGUGCGUUGUGAGCAGCUCGACCUGUUGCUCCAGUGGGGGGCUGAGUUUCGCCAAUCCUCAUCCCAAACACCUGAAGGAGAGAAGGAGGAAGAGCUGGUUGCCUUUGAUGUCAUCCUGGGAGACCUCAACUUUGAUAACUGCUCUUCAGAGGACAAGCUGGAACAGCAGCAUGCACUUUUUACUCAUUACAAGGACCCAUGUCGCCUGGGGCCAGGGGAGGACAAACCAUGGGCUCUGGGUACUUUACUGGAUCCCAGUGGCCUUUAUGACGACGAGGUCAGUUCACCUGAAAGUUUACAGAAAGUGAUGGAGAACGAGGAGGGGAGAAAGGAGUACCUGGUGUUUCCUCCCAGUAAGAGCCAGUGUCCUGCCAGCAGUCAGAAGGGGAGGAAGAUCCCACUGAAGGGCAACGGACGCCGGAUUGACUACAUGCUCUACAGCGAUGAGGGCCUGCAGCAAGACUGGAAACUGGAAAUCGAGGAGUUCAGCUUCGUCACCCAGUUGGCUGGCCUCACCGACCACCUGUCUGUGGCCAUGCGAUUGGCUGUUUCCACCGGGGAAGAGGAGCCUUAGAGUGAGCCCCCUGAACUUUUUGAAAAUACUGCCAUGGAAGAGUGGCAGAUGACCAGGAAGAGAAGAGGAGAUUAACAGUUUACAGAUAUGGAGCUGCCUGACAGAUAAAAUGCAGUUUUACUGAUUAAAGGGAGAGAAGAAUGAAUGACUGGAUGAGUGCUCAGUGGAUGAAUGGAUAUAAAGAAGGUAGAGGAGAGCGGCAGCAGAGGAGAAGUCUGAAAGAGAACGACUCUGGAGGGGGGAGAUAAGCAGGGGAAUUCAGUUUGGAAAGCCAGAAAGACAUUCAUCUUCCUGGGUAAACCACCCCCACACACACUGAGUACAGCACCUAACACACAAAUACUUUGGAUGGACAUUUUGACUGUUAAAUAUUGCUUGGCCUCUCUACUCUUCUCCAUAACUCCCUGCUGAUCUGAGUGCAGAGGGUUUUAUUUACAGGCAGUUGUUUUACGUAGCCACACACUUCUUUUAUUGGAUCUGUUUUAGCUGAAGUCUAAGUAUUAUUUUUCAUGAUUCUACCUUCAGGGACAGUUGGGUUUCUUUUAGUGACUGUGUAUAAAAUGAAAAACAUCAUUUAGGUGAUGAGAGUGAAGUGUACAACUACUGACUGGCCUUUACACUGACCAUGUGUGUUCUCGUGUCGCGCUCGUCCCUGAAUGGCUAUUGGUCAGUUCUGCUGUCAGUCAUUCACCUUACUACUCCCACGUCAGUCCCAGGAACCUCAACAAGUGUCUUUCUUUUCUAAAAAACAGAACUAGUCUUUCUAAAAUAUGAUACAAUUUCUAUGGUUACCACACCACUUUUUACAAGCCUGUUUAAUACUAUAUGGUAUGUUUCUAAAAAGAUAUAUAAAGGGACAUGAAACUGGAGGGGGAAAAGUGAUUUGUUAGAUGCAUUGCGAUGUUUACAGCAUGUUUUCCAGCCAUGACUGGUGAAAAUUAGUCUUGACAUUUUUGGUGGAAUACUGGGAAUGCAUGAUGGAAAUCGGUAUCAGUUUACAACAUUAAUACAGCAUCUUGAUACACUUGCUUGCUUAAGUCUGGCUGCUUGAUGAGUCAAGAAGCAUUUUGCCCUGAAACACACACUUCCUGUACACCAGUGUGACAUUUGUGCAUGUGAGACUCCACCUUGCUGAUGACACUGAACACACAUGAAGGUAUGCACAGACACAUAAAGCAGGCACACAACCAUACUCAUCAUGUACAGGGGGAUUUUAAAUGACCAUAUUGGAGGUCUGCAAAUGAAAACAUGUGACUUGGCUAUCUUUAACCCCUUUUCCACCGAUGUGGAACUGGUUCUGUUCAGGUUCCCACUUUUAAUUUUGAACCGUUCAGAGCACUUUAAUCAAAGAUAUAUUGGUCCAGAACCUGAAAAGUUGGUUCUUAGCUUUAACCAACAAAUAGCAGGUUUUUCUUGACCUGAAGUGUGAAUUGUGAUGACAUCAGUGGGCAUGUCAUAUUCUACAGGUUGGAAAGAGAAGGAUGGAGAAGGCAACAAUGUCAAGUGAGAAAUCAUCAGACAAAAGAACAUCCAGUGACCUCAUUAACAGUUGAUCAAUACUUGUUUUUGGGUAAAAACAUCUGUAAUAAUAGAACAAACGUAAUCGAACGUAAAAUGUAAAUUUUUUGUACACCUGCCAAUGGGGUUGGUGGAUUCCAAAUCUACCAGCCACUCAGUAGAUUAUAUUUGUCUUUUUGGCUGGUGAGUGAAGAAAAUCUAGCAGCCACUUGCAUAUUUUACCAGCAUUUUGCUGAUGGUUGCUGCUAAUUUCCAGCCCUGCAACUGUUUACAUCUGUUGUACUUUGCACAACACCCUUCAGUGACCAGAGUCCUGCAUGGGUCCAUUUUUCAAAACCUGCCCAUACCCGUAAAGCUCAGUACCAGAACCAACCCGUUACCUGUCAUUAUGUCUAAGUCAAAACCACACUCGCACCCGUUAAUAAAAGUCUUGCAACCUGACCCGCACCUGUGAUUUAACACACACAGGCUACAGUCACUCACAUUAAGCUGAGUUCUCCGUUCUUGAAUUACAAAAAAAGAGAAAAAAGA